GAUUGAGCCGAAUAAGCUUACUGACUGGUGCCAGAAAGUAGCUGUAAAGAGACUCUGUAAAUCAAUUAACUCCAUGGUUUUUAUGGAGAUCGCUUGAUAUCAAAACUUCUUUCUUUGCAUGCUUCUCUGAUCCUGUGGAGAUGAAAAUUGACAUCCAUAGUCAUAUUCUACCAAAAGAAUGGCCAGAUCUAAAAAAGAGAUUUGGCUAUGGAGGCUGGGUGCAGCUCCAACACCACAGCAAGGGAGAAGCAAAGAUGCUGAAAGAUGGGAAGGUCUUCAGAGUGAUCCAAGAGAACUGCUGGGAUCCAGAAGUCCGUAUUAGAGAAAUGGACCAAACAGGAGUGACUGUGCAAGCCCUUUCCACAGUUCCUGUCAUGUUUAGUUACUGGGCCAAACCUCAGGACACUCUAGAUCUGUGCCAGCUUUUAAACAAUGACUUGGCUGCCACUGUUGCGAACCACCCCAAGAGGUUUGUGGGCCUGGGCACAUUGCCCAUGCAGGCCCCUGAGCUUGCUGUUAAGGAGAUGGAGCGCUGUGUAAAGGAGCUGGGCUUUCCGGGGGUCCAGAUCGGCUCCCACAUCAACGAGUGGGACCUGAACGCACCGGAACUCUUCCCUGUCUAUGCCGUGGCUGAAAAGCUGAACUGUUCCCUAUUUGUGCACCCCUGGGACAUGCAGAUGGAUGGACGGAUGGCCAAAUACUGGCUCCCUUGGCUCGUAGGAAUGCCAGCAGAGACCACCACUGCCAUUUGCUCCAUGAUCAUGGGAGGAGUGUUUGAGAAAUUUCCUAAACUGAAAGUGUGUUUUGCACAUGGAGGAGGUGCCUUCCCUUUCACAGUUGGAAGAAUUUCCCAUGGAUUCAACAUGCGCCCAGAUCUGUGUGCCCAGGACAAUCCAACCAACCCAAAGAAAUACCUUGGUUCCUUUUACACAGACUCCUUGGUUCAUGAUCCUCUGGCACUCAAGCUGUUAACAGAUGUCAUAGGAAAGGAUAAAGUCAUUUUGGGAACUGAUUACCCCUUUCCACUAGGGGAGCUGGAACCUGGGAAAUUGAUAGAAUCCAUAGAAGAAUUUGGUGCAGAAACAAAGGAAAAACUCAAAGCUGGCAAUGCCUUAGCAUUUUUGGGCCUUGAGAGAAAACAAUUUGAGUGACUGAAUUUACUACAAAGGCAAACAUUCAAGAAGAUAUUUUUUGUUUUUAACUAUGUAUCACACAUGCAUUACUAAAAUCUUAUUUUGUGCUAUUUUACCCAGAAAUAGAAUAUCCACACAUGUUCUCAAUUAUUCAUAACAAAAAUGACUCUCAGAAUAUGUUUUCAUUCUGAAAAACAGCACAUUAUUUCAUGUGCAAAUCAAAAAUGAUAUUCCCAGAACUUUUUAAAUUAAUGUCAGAAAUAAAAAGCAAAAGGUCAUUAAUGAUUUAUACGUAGAAAGACCAGACUCAUUCUGGAGGGCUGAGGUAGGUUCUCCACUUUGAGUGGGUAUAUGUGAAUAGGGAGGGCCCCCCAAAAAAAAUUCUUUAUUCAUUUUUAUUCCAUUAGCCCACAGCCGGGCCAGGAAUGCUUUACAAUCCAAAAAAAUAAGUCAUAUAUACAUGUUACAUAACCUCUAGAGAGUUUAUAGUCCAAUUAAAGAGGCAAGACACAUGUUCAUGGAAUAAUAACUAAGCAAU